UCAUUCAAAAGUUUGUAAAAGCCUUUGAAAAGCAAUCCCAUAUCAAAGGCAGACGCACCUCCAAAUUCAAUUUCCUCCACAGCUCCAUUCCCUCCUCCCUUUUCAAUUGAAAAAAAUAACAAUUCAGGUUUAAACGAGCUCCUAACCUAAGCUAGUUUAUUCAAUAAUGGGAGCAGUUGAUGUUGCAAACAAGGAUCUCACUGCUAGCUUGGCCGACAAAAAGCCCAAGGUUGUUUUUGUUUUGGGUGGCCCUGGCAGUGGAAAAGGUACCCAAUGUACAAAUAUAGUGGAACACUUUCAUUACACCCAUCUCAGUGCUGGAGAUCUCCUCCGAGCUGAAAUUAAGUCUGGUUCUCAGAAUGGAACCAUGAUUCAAAACAUGAUCAAAGAAGGAAAGAUUGUUCCUUCUGAGGUCACAAUUAAGCUUCUCCAAAAAGCAAUGCUGGAAAGUGGUAAUGACAAGUUCCUUAUUGAUGGUUUUCCUCGUAAUGAGGAAAACCGUGCAGCAUUUGAAGCUGUUACAAAAAUUGAGCCUGAAUUUGUACUGUUUUUUAAUUGCCCUGAAGAAGAGAUGGAGAGGCGUCUUCUGAGUAGAAACCAGGGAAGAGAAGAUGAUAACAUUGAAACAAUAAGGAAGCGAUUCAAAGUGUUUCUCGAGUCCAGCCUUCCUGUAAUUGAGUACUAUAAGGCCAAGGGGAAAGUCCGAGAGAUUGAUGCUGCAAAGCCCAUUGGAGAGGUGUUUGAGGUGGUUAAAGUCAUCUUCACCCCAAAAGCUGAAAAGGUAAAGAGUCGUGGGUUUACAAUAAUGUAAAAUGUCCGAUCCAAUCACAGUUGUAUGAAGUAGUGGUACUUCAUAUUUUCUUUGAAGUACUGAAUACUACUGAUAGGUAGUUGGGUACAUUAUUAAAUGAAUGUACCCCGGAUGGGUAAUUGAAUC